GAAAAGGUUAGUAGACGUAUUACUAUGUCGCUGGCAGUACGUAAUAGAUUCAGUCGUUAAUUAGUUACGUGCGGUAUCGAAUCUCUCGAUACUAAUGUGCUUAUUAGUGUUUAUUAGUGGUGGCGAAAUUAUGUUUUCCAAAAAACGAUUUGGGAAGCUGUCCGAAUCUCUUAAUAACAGUUUGUACGAGCUGGAUGCGUUGAAACUUUUUCGCCGUUCCAAGAAACGGCCUCCGGCGCGGAGUUGGAUCGAAGCGACGUUCUACAAAAGGGAAUGCAGCAGAUUUAUUCAGAAUCCCAAAGAUGAGCAGAGAUGCUCUUGCGGCCGGAAGACUACAGCACAUUCCCCCUCGUCAGUGGGAGAAACCAUCCCCGGCGAGGUAUGGCUUCCUUCGAAACACACGAGAGCUUCUCCGACUGACGCUUAUGGCACAAUCGAAUUUCAAGGCGGUCCUCAUCCAACAAAAGCUCAGUAUGCAAGGGUAUCCUACGACACACGGCCUGAACUCUUACUGCAGUUAUUCACAAGAGAAUGGAAUUUGGAAGCGCCCAAACUCUUAAUCACUGUACAAGGCGGCAAGGCUAAUUUUGAACUUCAGCCCAAACUGAAGAAGGUACUCAGAAAAGGUUUACUCAAGGCUGCCAAAACAACGGGCGCUUGGAUUUUUACAGGAGGCACCAAUACAGGGGUCACGAGGCAGGUGGGUGACGCACUGUUACUCGAGAGAUCCAGCGGCCGCGUCGUGUCACUUGGAAUCGCUCCCUGGGGAAUUGUGGAGAACAAUUUUGAAUUGAUAGGUUUGAACCGUGAUGUGCCAUUCCAUUCCAUAUCAUCUCCUAGGUCUAAAUUUGCGGCAUUAAACAAUAGGCACGCCUACUUCCUUCUCGUGGACAACGGUACGCAGGGAAGGUAUGGAGCGGAAAUAGUACUUCGUAGAAAAUUAGAAAAAUUUAUAUCAAUUCAAAGGUUGCAUCCUUAUACUCAUAGCAGUACUCCUGUAGUGUGUUUAGUAAUAGAAGGUGGUACCAACACCAUUCGGGCUGUGUUAGAAUACGUAACUGACAAUCCUCCUGUUCCUGUGGUGGUGUGCGACGGUUCUGGACGGGCUGCUGAUCUCAUCGCCUUUACCCAUAAAUACGCUUGUGAUUCGGAAUCCGGUGAACAAACUGUUUUAGAAUCGAUGAAAGACUACCUAAUCAACACUAUCCAAAGAACGUUCGAGGUGGGUUUAGAGCAAUCCGAAUGUCUCUACACCGAAUUACUUCAAUGCACGCGGAAAAAAAAUUUGAUUACAAUAUUUCGAAUAUCGGAAAAAUACGAAGGCCAACUGCAAGAGUUAGAUCAAACAAUUUUAACCGCCCUUUUUAAAUCGCAACAUUUAAGCCCUUCUGAGCAGUUGAGUCUGGCGUUAACGUGGAAUCGCGUGGAUAUCGCUCGGUCUGAGAUAUUUGUCUACGGUCAGGAGUGGCCGACGGGAGCUUUAAAUGAAGCCAUGAUGCAAGCGCUGGAGCACGAUCGGACGGAUUUUGUAAAACUUCUGCUGGAGAACGGGGUUAGCAUGCGCAAAUUCCUUACGAUACCGCGCCUAGAAGAACUUUAUAACACCAAACAGGGCCCUAGUAAUACCUUAGGUUAUAUUUUGAGGGAUGUUAGACCUCACAUUCCGAAGGGGUACGUUUAUACGUUACAUGACAUUGGACUGGUUAUUAAUAAACUGAUGGGAGGGGCUUACAGGGCGUUUUAUACUAGGAGAAAAUUUCGUCCGAUCUAUGCCAAGGUAAUGAAUAAAGUUCCUCACAUACACAGAAACUCGACCUCGUUUGUGCGUUACUACGGAAACGCAAUGAGCUUACUAGCCGAAGCGCUCCCCAGUAAUCAAGCGCUAUGCUUAUUCGAUUAUCCAUUCAAUGAGUUACUGAUUUGGGCUGUCUUAAUGAAACGACAGAAGAUGGCGCUGUUAAUGUGGCAACAUGGCGAAGAAGCACUGGCGAAAGCGUUAGUCGCGUGUAAGUUGUACAAGGCUAUGGCGCAUGAGGCGGCCGAAGACGACAUGGAAACCGAGGUCUAUGAAGAGCUGAGAAGCUACGGUAAAGAAUUCGAAAACAUAGCACUAGAAUUACUGGACUUUUGUUAUCGACAAGACGACGAUCAAACGCAACAACUUCUAACUGUCGAACUACAAAAUUGGUCCGGGCAGACCUGCCUAAGUUUGGCGGUCGCCGCCAAUCACAGAGCACUACUGGCGCACCCCUGCUCCCAAAUAAUUCUCGCCGAUUUAUGGAUGGGCGGUUUGAGAACGCGCAAAAACACCAAUUUAAAAGUUAUACUAGGCCUAUUGUGUCCGCCGUACAUCCUGAGGUUGGAAUUUAAAUCUAAGGAGGAGCUGCAGCUAAUGCCGCAAACCGAGGAGGAGCAUCUCGAACUGGAAAACGACGACGACGAUAAGUCGGAGUCGGAGAAAAAUCCCGACGAGGAGAAACGAUCUAGAAGUUUGAGCAUACGUAAUAAGUCGUCCACUCGACAGGGUGUUAAGGCGUUAUUGACAGAAAAUUUUAUACCGCGAGACACUGUCGUGCAAGAAAACGGCAAGGUGCUACCGGAAUUCGACGAGUCUAGGAUGCACUUCUCGAUGGACGAAAGGUACGCGGAGAAGACGCGAACGAGACCGCUUAAAUUUAAGAAGAAACUCUACGAAUUUUUCACGGCGCCCAUAACGAAGUUUUGGUCUAAUUCUAUCGCCUACCUGAUGUUCCUCAUGUUGUUUAGUUACGUCGUGCUGGUGAAGAUGGGGCCGACGCCGACGUGGCAAGAGCAUUUGGCCAUUUCGUUUAUAACGGCGAUGGGUUGCGAGAAGGUGAGAGAGAUACUUUCGACCGAACCCGCCGCUCUCAGUCAUAAGCUGGCCGUUUGGAGUUUGAACAUGUGGAAUCCUUGUGAUGCUAUCGCUAUCAUAUUUUUCUUAGUCGGCGUGUCGUUAAGAUUACAAAAUGAAACUAGUGAAAUUGGUCGAGUGAUGUACUGUGUUGAUAGUAUUUACUGGUACUUGCGUAUUCUGAAUAUUUUAGGCGUUAAUAAGUAUUUGGGACCACUGGUAACCAUGAUGGGGAAAAUGGUUAAAAACAUGAUCUACUUCGUAGUACUUCUGCUGGUUGUACUUAUGAGUUUUGGCGUGUGUCGACAAGCUAUUCUUUAUCCGGAUAAAGAGGCCAGUUGGAGACUCGCACGAAAUGUAUUUUACGAGCCGUACUUCAUGUUGUACGGAGAGGUUUUCGCCGAUGGAAUAGACCCUCCCUGUGAAGAAGGACCGGACGAUCCGAAAUGCGUAACCGGGCGUUGGAUUACUCCCGCGGUAAUGUCGGUGUACUUACUAGUCGCAAAUAUUUUGCUCAUUAAUUUACUUAUCGCCGUAUUUAAUAAUAUCUUUAUGGAAGUAAACGCGGUCGCGCAUCAAGUGUGGAUGUUUCAGAGGUUUACGGUAGUUAUGGAAUACGAACAGAAACCGAUCCUACCUCCCCCGCUCAUUUUUAUAUGUCACUUGUUCCUACUGUUUAAGUAUCUCAAACGUAAACUGAAGGGCAUUCGAGAGACGUAUGAUAACGGCCUAAAAUUGUUCUUGGAGAAAGAAGAUAUGGAGCGACUCUAUGACUUCGAAGAGGAAUGCGUCGAGGGAUAUUUCGCUGAGCAGGAGUACAAACUGCAUCAGUCAACUGAUGAACGAAUAAAAUUGACUACGGAGAAAGUUGAAAAUAUUGUUCAGAAAGUGGAAGAUAUUAAUACAAAAGAAAACAACCAAACCUCCUCGAUGCAAAGUGUGGAGUUUCGCCUCCGAAAAGUCGAGGAGGCAUCUCAAGAUAUUCUCGCUCACCUAGCCGUCAUACACCGAUUUAUGGCGACGCGUACCAACGAAGAGUUACCGCCAAUACAAAUAGUUACCGAUCGCACAAGAAAAACAAGCGAAAGAUCCGAGGCUCCCUCGGAAGAGUCACAUUUAUCCGUACAGCCGGUUCGCAAGAAACCCAUACGAUCACUGACAGAAGUUCGUCCCGACGCUUACAUAUUCGACGACGGAUUACAUUUUGAGGUAAGGCCCGUGGAAGAAGAAGACAAGACUAACGACGCGGAGACUUUUUCGGCUACAGGUAGCAGAAAACAGUUGAAUCUUUUAGAAGAGAGACAGAGAAGUAGUGAGUCGAAAACGUCGCUGGAAAGUUUGGAUGAAAAAGACGAAGUUCAAUUGUCGGCGGACGACUUGGCGGCGCUCAGUUUGGAUACGUUAAGGUGGAGAGCGGCAAAGCGGAGGAGGGAUUCUGCCGGUACUGGGCGGCGCAGUUCGGAUGGCGGGAAUGGAGACUCUUUACACGGCAGUCGCCCAGUUCUUGCCGUCCGCCAAUUUUCACAGACACAUUCAGAACCCGACAACAGCGAGCAUUCAGUAUUGGCCAACCUACCGAUGCGCGCAGGUACAGUGGAACGGAGCGUCACGUUUGCGGAACCGACGAUCACAGUUAUACCACCGACCACUGCGGGACAAAACAACGCUCGUAGUAUGCUAAUGGCCAUGCAUACGGAAUACACCAGCAUAACGGACGAACUCGAAACCGUCUGCGGAUUAUUAAGUCCGCCGAGAACGCCGAACCUUCUAUCGCCGCCGCGCCCCGGGCAAAACGCCACCGCCUUACCGUCACGAAGACGUCACACGUCUGAAAUGUCCAAUCCUGAAAUAGCGUUACAUAUCGAGAAAGAGCACCUUCGCGACGCCGAAGAAAGCGACUACAUGCUAAUGGAAAAUCUCAUACAAAGAAGGUACAUCGAGGACGACGUACCGAAUCCGGGCAUGCUGACGGUGGUUCGCGAAACCUGCGAACUUUACCGUACCCCUCUGCCUUUGAGAGCUUUAAGACGUUCGAGCGCGAUCGAAGACGACAUAGCCGGUGUUCCGCUUCCGGAGGACGGUCCAUCGACGUCCGGUCAAAAUGAGACCUUGCGCCAAGAUUCCUGCGAUUCUAACACUUUAAGUGAGGCUGCUCCUCUCAUAAAUCAGUUACCACAAAGGCCCUCCAUUGUAAUUGAUUCUUCUCAGUUACCGUUUCAGAGAGAAGAUCUGAAAAAGGCCGACAGUAAGGGUAGUCUUCAUAUGCAAUCAGAAACGAUGUGUUAGGUUUCUAUCUCAGUUUGCUCAUUUAUUAGGUAUUGAGUUACCUACAAUAACGUAGACCGUAGUUCGCGAUGUAAAAACUAUAAUCUCAUUUUGGUAAUAUAGAAAGAAAGCCAUAUUCAUAUACUACUAAAAGUGUCUAAAGGACACUUUAAUAAUCUACAUGCUUAUAAAGCCGUUGCUCUGUGAUGAAAUAUUUAUUUACAUAUCAAAAACUCAAUAAUUUUAUUUUAUGAUUAACUUUUUAAACAUUAGGAUAAACAAAAAUUAACAUGUGUAAAUACAUCAGAACAAGAUUUUUACAAGAAGAUAUACAAAUUGACAUAUAAUUAUUUUAAUAGCCAAAAAAUGGCUUAACUAAAGUAUAAAAAGGUUUCUGCUGUUAAACUGCGAGAUAAUAAAAUAGUGCGCAUUUGUUUUGCUUUUUAAACAAUAGGUGGUGGUUAACUUGGGACCCAAUGGACUGGAACUAUAUUAACAGAUCUGUUUAUAUCGGAACUUUUUUUAUUUUGAGAAAACAUAGGUACUUAUGUUUUUUAGUUUAUUUUAUGUUUUUAGCAAUUAAACGCUGUGACCAAUUAUAAAAACAUUUUGGGUCAUUUGACUUAAUCAAGAGCCUAAUUAAGGUAGGUCUGAAAGAUGAUAAGACAUUUGGUUAUGUCCAUCACAUUUUUCCAUUUUUUUUCUUGAUUUUGGGCCAGUUGCAGGUAGGCAUGGCAAUUGCAUUUGGAAUUUUAUUUAUUCAGGCAAAUGAAAUCAAAAAAAGUAAAAAGUAAAAAAUGCUUUGUGCAUUAUUUUCGUGUUCUUUAUCAUACAACCUUUUUCUCCAGUCUUGUUUUUACAAUAAUUUGUUGGUGAUUUUGAUUAGGGCGUUGCAGCUCCAUAUGGCGGAGAGAUCAUUAUUAUUUUGAUAUGAUUUGAACCCCAGCUUAAUGUUUAGCAGGGGCACGGGCUUUGUUAUGAAUGCUCAUACUUUCUACUUUAUUCACUUCCAUGUUUUGCCUUGCCUUUUUUGAUUUAUCUGGCAAAAAUCAAAAAAACAGUCUUAAAUAACUAGCAUUUGACGAACGGGAUUCUGUACUUAAUAUAACCCUUGUAAAGAGUUACUUAAAUUGUACUUUAAGAAACUCUAAAACAAUUUGAGUAUUAUGCAAGUCAACUUAAAUGGCGUGUACUAUUGUGACAUAUCCAAAUCAAAAUUGUAUACAGUUGUGAAUAUGGCUAUUGGGUAUUUUUGUAACAAUAACCCUUCAUAUUAUCAUAUCCAGUCACACAAUAACUGUUAAUCGUCGAAGUAGAAUUUACAAACUGAUUAUUAUAAAACUAUCAGAUGCUUGUAGAUAUUUUAAGUCAUAACUUAUUUUUCUAAUACUGUAAGUAAAUAUCACUUUAUAAUCUAUCUCUUAUAUCGAUAAAUGGUAACGAAUCAAAUUUUUUAGAUUAAAGUAUUAAAAAAACAUAAAUUAAUUUUAUAUUGUAGGUAUAUUUUUUAAAAACAACUGACAAUAUAUAUCUAGUGACUAGUCUUUAAAGGCUGAUUUUUAUAUUUGUUGGUUCAUCUUCAAAAAAUCAGCCUCGAGUGAAUUAGGUAAUUGUAAAUAAAAAAAUUGGAAUUGAUGCUCAAUAGGAACUAUCGGAGCACCAAGGCAAUUGAAUUAGUUAAAUUUCUUUCUCUUUGUACUUAGCUUUAAGCAGUGUCUACAGCAAUAUUAUCUAAUUGUUACAAAAUCUCAAACUCACACAGCUCAUCGAUGAUCAAUUCAUUUUUCUGUUCUCAUACUUGCAGUGAAAAUGUGUCAUAUCAUCUAAUACCAACUAAUAUAGAACAAAUUAACUGCCUAUAUACACAAGGAUAGUCGUUGAGUGUAAAAAACAUACAUUAAAUUGUUAAUCGUAAAUUAGCUCUAUGAAUUGUAUCCUAUAUCGUAUCACAAAUCGCAUUCAGCAAACCGAAUGGAAAUUCAAUAAAGAACACAGUGCAAGUUAUACAAUUUCGUGAAUGAUUUUUACCAAUGACCAAAACAGAACCACCAUUUUAUAUCUUUAUGUAAAAUUGUAAAACAACUUUUGGUAUAAAAAGUGAUAUGUAUUGAAGAAAUAAAGCAAUGAUGAUUUUAAAUCUGUUA